CCAAGACAAGAGGUCAAGUCACUCCUUCCUUAACUUUCAUUUACAAAAUUGGUAUUCAGCAAUUCACACAGAACUAUACUGCAGCUUUAGGGAAAUUUAAAAAAAUAAAUUCGUUGCAACUUUUUGAAAGAUGUUCUCAAGAUCAGCUCUUCGUCCUUUGACUGUGGCCGCCCUUCGUUCGACCUCCACCCAUUCCGCCCGAGGAGCCAUCCAGCACGCAAGACCUGGACAUCCUGGAAAGGAUCACCUCUGCUUGCUUCCCGCGGAUUGGCUCAAAGGACCCGUGGGCAUCGGAGUGUUGGCCUACAUCUGCUCCGGGGACUUCUGCGCCAGAGGGCACGAGCACAGCGGACUAUCUCUUGGAAUCAUGGAAGACGAUUACUACAGCAGUGGACUGACACUUGGCAUCUUUGCCGCCUUUGCCGUCGUAAAGCUGCUUCCAGUGAUCGCCAAGUGGGCUGAUGGCAAGAGAGUCGAAUCUGGCAACGUGUCCGAGUCAAAGGUCCUGUUAUUAUCCCCCCCACAAGAGAUCUUGAAGCAGGAAAAUGUCAUUAAAAGUUCAUAAUAGGUUUUAAUUUUUGUAUUUCGUUUUUAAAGCUAUCUACGUAAUAUAACUCAAAAUGUCGGUGUGUGCA